UAACGAGCGACGACCAUGUCAUCUUCUCCUCUCUUCCAAUGGCGCUUUCUGCUCGCAGCCCACCAAAUUCGCCCUUCUUCUCCGACCACAACCGCCCUUGUCGCCGCCGCCUCCUCCUGCCAGCCAAUCUUUCGCGCUCGAAACCCCUCGGUCUUCCCUCCAGACUCGCCCCAAAUUCCCACCUUGCCGCUCGCGGUUCACUCCAGGCCUCUGCCCUCAGCCCUGCCGACCCAAACGCCGAAAUCUGCCGCCUCUGUAUCAGAGGCGACCUGGACGGCGCCCUUCGCCUCUUGGCGGAAGCCAAGGGGCGCAGCCUGAACGAUGACGCCUACGUCGCCCUCCUCCGCCUCUGCGAGUGGAAGGUCGCCGUCGAGCAAGGCUUUCGCGUCUGUUACCACAUCUCCUCCACCUCCUCUUUCGCUUCCAGCUUGAGCGUUCGCCUCGGCAACGCCAUCUUGAGCAUGCUCGUGCGGUUCGGCGACCUACUCGCUGCGUGGUCGGUGUUCGGGAAGAUGGUCGAGAGGAACGUCUUCUCCUGGAAUGUGAUGAUCGGGGGCUACGCCAAGGCUGGGUUUCUCGACGAGGCCUUAGAUUUAUACCAGUGCAUGCUCUGGGCUGGCGCCCGGCCGGAUCUGUACACGUUCCCCUGCAUUCUCAGGUCUUGUGCCGCCGUCCCAGACUUGAUCAGAGGAAGGGAGGUCCAUGCACAUGUCAUCAGAUUCGGAUUCAGCACAGAAAUCGAUGCCAUGAAUGCUCUCAUCACCAUGUAUGCCAAGUGCGGGAACUCUGCCGUCGCCAGGGAGGUGUUCGAUGGUAUGCCGAGGAGAGACUGCAUCUCUUGGAAUGCGAUGAUUUCAGGCUACUUUGAGAAUGAGAAUUGCGCUGAAGGGCUGGAGCUGUUCUUGACGAUGAGGGAUCUCUCCCUGGAGCCUGUUCCAGAGACGAUGACGAGCGUGAUCUCUGCUUCUGAUUUGCUGUGCGAUAGGAAAUUUGGUAAGGAGAUUCAUGGCUAUGUGAUAAAGAUGAACUUUCUUGCAGAUGUUUCAGUGCAUAACUCAUUGAUCCAGAUGUACUCCACCUUUGGGGAUUUGGGAGAAGCCGAGAAAAUUUUCUUGCGCCUGGAAUCCAAGGAUGUGAUAUCAUGGACCGCAACGAUAUCAGGAUAUGAGAAAAAUGGAUUUCCUGAGAAGGCCUUGGAAAUGUUUGAACAAAUGCGGGAUAACAAUGUCAUUCCGGAUGAGAUCGCCAUUUCCACUGUUCUUUCAUCUUGCACUUCUUUAGGACGUUUAGACAUUGGCACCAAGGUACACAAGCUAGCACAGGACAUGAGGGUCAUGCCCAGCACCAUGGUAGGAAAUGCAUUGAUAGACAUGUAUUCCAAGUGUAGGUGUGUCGAUAAGGCUCUAGAGGUCUUCAAGUACAUGUCUGAGAAGGAUGUGAUUACUUGGAGCUCCAUUAUUUCAGGUCUGAGGAUCAACAGCAGGAGCUUUGACGCUCUGAGUUUGUUGCGCCAAAUGCAUGUAGAUGUGUUGCCUAACUCCACCACCUUGGUAGCUUCCCUAUCAGCUUGUGCUUCGGUUGGAGCAUUGAUGUGUGGGAAGGAGAUACAUGGCCAAGCUCUGAGAAGAAGGUUAGGAUCAGAAGGAUAUUUGCCAAAUGCUUUGCUCGACCUAUAUGCCAAGUGUGGAAGGACUAAAUACGCUAGGACACAGUUUAAUGCGCAUAGGAGCAAGGAUGUUGUCUCAUGGAACAUCAUGCUGACAGGUUAUGCUGUGAAAGGGCAUGGAGAUCUCGCUGUAUCACUGUUCAGCCAGAUGAUUGAAGCUGGUGUGCAACCGGACGAGGUUACAAUGGUGGGUAUCUUGUGUGCUUGUAGUAGGUCGGGGAUGGUCUCGCAAGGUUGGGACUACUUUAAUACCAUGAAAAUGAAGUACUCAGUAACUCCAAAUCUGAAACACUAUGCUUGCAUGGUGGACCUUUUGGGUCGUGCUGGGCACUUGGAGCGAGCAUACCAGUUUGUAAAAGAUAUGACUCUCGAUCCAGAUGCUGCCAUAUGGGGAGCCUUGUUGAAUGGAUGCAGAAUUCACCACAACCUAGAGCUCGGCGAAUUUGCUGCCAGAAAAAUAUUUGAAUUGGAUGAUUCGAGUGCUAGGUACUAUGAGCUGUUAUGUAUCUUGUAUAGAGAUAAUGGAAGGUGGGAUCAAGUGGCAAAGGUAAGGAAGGUGAUGAGAGAGAAAGGCCUAGUGGUCGAUCCAGGGUGCAGUUGGGUAGAGGUGAAGGGGUCUGUUCAUGCAUUUCUCAGCUUCGAUGAGUCACACCCUCAGAUAAAUCAGAUUUAUGCAGUGUUAAGUGGCUUGUAUGAAAGGAUAGGAAGAGCAGGCAUGGUUCUGCCUGAUAAUGGAUCCAUCGAUGAAAUGGAAGCAUCUGAGUCUGAUAUCUUUUGCGGCCAUAGUGAGAGAUUAGCAGUGGCUUUCGGGCUCAUGAAUACCACACCUGGAAUGCCAAUCUGGGUUACCAAAAACUUAUAUAUGUGCCGGAGCUGCCAUGCCAUUCUGAAAUCCAUCUCAAAUAUUGUUCGCCGAGAAAUAACAAUCAGGGAUAUCGAACAAUUCCACCAUUUUAAGGAUGGAAGCUGCUCGUGUGGAGAGGAAGGUUAUUGGAGUGGAAGUGCCAAUUGAAACGAUAAUAUGAUGGAAGCUGCUCGGUUAAAUUUCAGAUAUGUGGCUUACUCUUUCCCCCAGAUUGAGCUGACAACCCAAAAUCUAAGAAGAAACACUCAGAAGGGAUGGUUCAGAGUGAAACCUUCCAGAUGACUGCUAUCAUUGAGAAGCUGUCUUUUGGCUAGAAGGACUUCAAGAACUACUUGAAGCACAAGAGGAAGGAGAUGAAUGUGGAGGAACUUAUUAUUAGACUUUGCAUCGAAGAAAACAACAAGAGUUCAGAUAGAAAGCUGUUCUCUCAGGCUACUAUGAAAGCCAACAUGGUCGAGCACAGUCAAAGCUUGAAAUGAAAGAAUCCCAAGUGUUCCAAGAUGGAACCCAGAUGAGGCAUCAGCAAGAAGAAGUUCUCUGAGAAGUGCUUCAACUGUGACAGAGUAGGUCAUAAAUCUUCGGAGUGAAGGAAGCCGAAGAAGAAGCAGGAGACCAAUCUGAAUAAGGGACCAAAAAUGGACGACCUCUGCGCAAUGGUCUCAGAACUGAACCUGGUCGGUUUUAACCCGCGACAAUGGUGGAUCGAUACUGGAGCCACCAGACAUGGGUGCUGCAACAAAGAAUUGCUCCACAACUUUGAAGAAGUCACUAGAGACAAACCGUUCAUAGGGAACUCAACAACCUCGGACAUCAUGAGCUAAGGAAAGGUGGUGCUGAAGAUGAUCUCAGGCAAGAACCUUACUCUGAACAACGUGUUGUUUGUUCUGGAGAUUCGAAAGAAUCUAGUGUCCCGAUCACUGUUAAACAAGCAUGAUUUUCACAUUAUUUUUGAGUCGGAUAGAGUUGUAUUGUCCAAGAAUGAAAUGUUUAUAGGAAGAGGCUAUGUAUCUGAUGGGCUAUUCAAGCUCCAUGUAAUAUCCAUUAGACCCAAGAGAAAUAAAAAUGGAAGCUCUUCCACUUA